AAUAUAGGUGCAGGUCAGUGAGUGCAAGUCUUGCAAUGACUCUGUCCCCGACAUGGGUCCCGACUCACAUCAUCCAGAGCGCAGAACAGCCCCCUUGUCCUUCCCGCUCCGAUCCAUCCUCUAUCCCUUUCUGUAUCAUAGUACUUUCGAAACUCUCUCACCCUUCUCGGCAGUAUCAGCGUCUCAUACAGCUGCUGCCUCGCGCAAUCCCUCGCCAAGUGACAAGUGGCAAGGAGAGCCCGAAGUGUAGAGUACGUCUGAGGUGUGGGGGAAAGUACGGGGGAGAGAGCACAGGAGAGGAAGAUUUGCAAGAGGAGUUCUGUAGGGAGCCGAGGUGGAUUGUAAUGCGGAACUGGGAGCCUCGAGGAGGAGGCGAUAGGAGAGGAGGAGCUCGUCAGAAGAGGAGAGUCCUCGAUGUCGCUCUUGGGAGGCGACGAGGAGCUCAUUCACCCCCUGAGAUCGAGUCGAGGUGGAAGAGCAGCAAAAAGCCGCAAGACAGUCCGAAAGCAGAUCUUCAGACUGGGAGGUGUGCGGCAGGGGACAGGUAUCAGGGGUCAGAAGUCCGCAAAAUACGGAGGGAGGAUUUGUGCGAGUCGGCAGAGGGAGCAGCGGAAACAGGCACGCAGCGGACCGACAUUCAUGUGGAGUUGCCACAUUUCCUUCCGUGAACAUAGCAGACGCGGUAUGAUUGAAGUUCGAUGUGGGACAAAGAGACUGUACAGAAGUUUAGGCAAAGUUUGCUCAGGGGAACAGGGAA